UUUAGAAAAGAAGCCCUGGCUGAAUUUGUCCCAUCUUCCCACCGGAAAAACAGAAUUUGUCUCAUGUGCCGUUUCGAGUGGGCCGGCGGAACCAAUCAGCAGCAGAAACGGCCGGCUGGCUGACAGCGGCUGUUUUGCACUCCGCCGUGACCGUGAGAAGAUUGGGGCCCACAGUCCACACGUGAGAGUGCGUACAUAGGAAGGAGUAAAUGGCGUGUGCUGGCCGGGCAGUCGCUGUCGAAGCGAGCUUGGAAUUUUGCAUGGAGGACGAGCAAGAGAGAGAGGUAGAAAGGGAAUAAUAAAAAUAAAAUAGGUGCCGGUCCCGGGCCGGGAGAUCAAGUCAGAGCAUUUCGGUCGGUCCAAACGUAUUUCAGAGGGGCUGACCGGACGGAUCCUCCAAAGCCAAGGCGUGGAGUAGAGUAGUACUCCAUUCUUGAUAUCUUCUUCUUCGUCUUCCUCCCGUCCGGCGGCGGCCCGGUCCUCCGUUGGCGCUGGGGGAUCCUUUCUUCCGCAUCAGCCUCCAUCUUGUUUGACGGCUUGUGUGUUGUGUGGCCGAAUUGGAUCACCACUUUCAAGGUUGGUUAACUCCGUAAGGUUUUGUGGUCUCAAGAAGCUCUCCUUCUGAAUAAUAGAUGGGCCACAUAUCUGCUUCUGUUUAUCUCCUCAAGUUUUAUUGCUUCGGUUUUCCUCACUUUUCUGCUUUCUUGCUUGUACUCCCUUCGUCCGAAAAAGCUUGUCCCAUUGAGUACAUAUGUGCUUCUUUUUCUCCACCUAACACAGGAGCAUGAUAUCUUUUUUCUGAAUCUGGUUUUGUAAGUUGUCUUCCAAAACUAAAAGAAAUCUUACCUGUAUGUAUGUGCUUUCCAUUUUUGUCUGACAUACUAAUGCUGCAUGGCAGCCCUUCUUAAUUGUACUGCUUUAUUGCUCAUUCUCUGCUCUCUCCUUGCAUCAAAUCAUGCAGGUUACUUACAGCGUCGGAGUAAGAGAGAGAGAGAGAUUGCUUCAUGAUUUGGACAACUGUCAUAUUAUGCUACUGAAAGAAACUUAACUUCAUUUCCUUUUGUGUGCAUCUGUAUCAUCAUCAUCAUGGCCGGAAGCUCGGAUUAUCGGCCUUUUAACCUGGCAGCAAGAGUCGUAGGAAAGAGGCGACGACUCAUACCUGCCAAGUUGAAGUCGGCGAUACCCGCCAUUGCUCUGCUUCUGUCGGCGGUGGCCAUUGUUGGUGCCAUAACCCAGUACCACCGGAGCAUCACCUACUUCCUGCGGCCGCUGUGGGACACGCCGCCCAAGCCCUUCACCGUCAUCCCGCACUACUACGCCCCCAACACCUCCAUGGCCGAGCUGUGCGCGCUCCACGGCUGGCGCGCCCGCGCCUCCCCUCGCCGCGUCUUCGACGCCGUCCUCUUCAACAACGAGCUGGACAUCCUGGAGAUCCGGUACCGCGAGCUGCUCCCCUACGUCCACAAGCUGGUCAUCCUGGAGGCCAACGCCACCUUCACCGGCAUCCCCAAGCCGCUCUCCUUCGCCGAGAACCUGGAGCGCUUCGCGUUCGCGAGGUCCAAGAUCGUCUACGACAGGCUCCCCAUCGCCACACCGGGGUCAUCGCCAGGUCGCCGCCGGGAAGAGCCGUUCGACCUGGAGGCCAGGCACCGGCGCGCGCUGAACGCGCUGCUGCGGCGGUCGGCCGUCGCGGGCGGGGACGUGGUGAUCAUGGCGGACGCGGACGAGAUCCCGAGCCCGGAGACGGUGCAGCUGCUGCGGUGGUGCGACGGGGUGCCGCCGGUGAUGCACCUGCAGCUGGAGAACUACGUCUACUCCUUCGAGUUCCCCGUGGACCGCGGCAGCUGGAGGGCGACGGCGCACCUCUUCAGCGAGCGGCGCACGGCGUACCAGCACUCCCGGCAGAGCGACCUGAUGCUGGUGGACGCCGGGUGGCACUGCAGCUUCUGCUUCAGGGAGAUCGCCGAGUUUGCGUUCAAGAUGAAGGCGUACAGCCACGCGGACCGGGUGAGGCGGCAGAGCUUCCUCGACCCGGAGAGGAUCCAGCGGGUCGUAUGUGCCGGCGGCGACCUGUUCGACAUGCUCCCCGAGGAGUACACCUUCAGGGAUCUCUUCACGAAGAUGGGGCCAAUACCCAGGUCGGCGUCGGCCAUGCACCUGCCUUCCUAUUUGAUCAAGAACGCACACAGAUUCAGGUUCUUGCUUCCUGGUGGAUGCUUGAGAUCAGGUUAAAACAAUCACUGUUUUGUUUGAGUUUUUGUCACCCGGCAAACCUUACUCACUGAUAUGCUGUUGUUUCUAAAUGUGCAAAGUGUAUCUCGUUUGAUGUGAAACAGUAUUAAUCUAGACAUGAUAUACAGUUUACAUUUUUGUUUA